AUGAGAUUGACAAAGGUGCUGUUUGACGCUGAUCACGAGGAGCCACCGCCACGUAAGGAGGUAGGAAACCGAUUGCUUCUUCUCUAUGAAGAGCUGUCGUCAAUAAUCAACGCCCUGCCGGAGCAUCUCCGAGCAACAGAUGCCUCAACGCCCGCCGUGCUCACCCAUUACAAUUACUUCCAGGUCUUAGUCCUGCGAAUGUUUUUGUUCCUGAAGCAACCUGCCGAGGACGCUUCACCAGCCGUGCAACAACGAGCGAAGGAGUCCUGCAUCAAGUCCUCUCUGGAAGUUGCGCGCUUCUGCAAAAUCUACAUGUCGGCGUACGGAUCCUCGAUCAUGACGAAUACGUGGACCCAGAGCACAAGCGUGGCUCUCUACACCUUAGUCGAGGAAGUGGCCGCUUCAGACAAGAACUCCUAG